AUUUAUUGGAUCACAUCAGUGCCACCCAAACUGUAUAAAUACUGAGUGACUGAGCUCAGUCAGCCUCACAGACGUCACAGAUCAGGACUGCUGAGGUGUGCUUGUUUCUGGUCAUCAUGAGAGCCUUUGCAGUCGUGCUGGUGUUGGCUGUCCUCUCAGGCUGCCAUGCGAGAACCGUCCCUCAGGAGAAAAGCCCCUGGGAAGCAGCAGUCGACAGGUUUAACGAUUACUUCACUGACCUGAGCCAGAAUGCGGAAAAAGCAUUGACCACAAUCAAGAGCACUCAGAUUGGCAGAGAGCUGGAAAUCCUGAUCCAGGAUAGCAUGGCUGACCUGUCCAUGUACAAGGACGACCUGCAGACCAAGCUGGGCCCCUACACCCAGGAGGCCACGCAGCGUAUGGGCGCAGACCUGGAGAAGAUGACCGACAGACUCCACAGACACAUGAACGAGGCCAAGGAGCAGAUGGAGCAGUACGGCCAGGAGCUGCGGACCAUGAUGGAGCAGAACGCCGAGGACGUCAGGGGCAGGGUCUCCGCCUACACCCGCAAGCUGAAGAAACGCCUCAGCAAGGACACGCAGGAGAUCAAAAAACAAGUUGCCGACUACCUUGAGGAGCUUCAGUCCCGCACCACAGACAACGUGGAGGACGUGAAGACACGUCUCAGCCCUUACUUUGCUCAGGUGCGCGACAACGCCCAGGCGAAGAUCACCACCAUCACAGACAUUCUGAGGUCGCAGAUGGAGAUGCUGCAGGAAAAAUUUGAGGACACAGUGGAGGACCUCAGGGAAAGAUUUGAGAAAACCACAGAAAAAGUGCAAUCCACCUUCAGUGAUAAGAUGGAGGCGAUGAGAGAAUUCAUUGUUAAUCGUUAUCAAAAUUUUCCCUACUAAUCCGUUGUCUGGGCUACCUGUACAUCCAACUUUCUGUAUCAAAACCACCUUGAAGGAUGCAUGAGUUAAACUCGGCUACUAAGCAAAGGCUUUGUUUUGUCCCAAAUGUCCACCACAGUUGAAAUGUGUCUCUGUCCCUGAAUAAAAACAAACUGCACAGGUGUGUAAA